GUGCCGCAGCAGCCGCCGCGAGCGGUGCCCCAGCCCGAGCCGCGCGCGGUCCCGGUCCAGACGAAGCUUCCCUCCGGACAGAGGAAGACGCUGCUCUUGUGCGACCAGGCCGCCAAGAUCAUCGUCGGCAGGGGCGGCAGCAACAUCAACCAGAUCACCCAGAGGAGCGGGUGCCGCAUCCAGGUGACGAGAGGCUUCCCGCACACCCAGUUCAACAUCUACGGCACCGGCAACUUCGAG